UACGACAUCAGGAAAGAGCGGCAGAGUCCCAGUCCAGCGUCGAGGGGCGAGCCGUCACUAGCCCACUGUGGGCGUGGGGGAGGCGUAACUAGCCCGGCUAGUAGCGGUGGCGGCGGCGUUCAGGUCAGCGUCAGCAGCGGCAGCGUCACGCCCCUCGCUGCCACCGCCGCCCAGCCGCCGCCCCCUACGCCCGUCUCUAUCAACAGCGACCCGCCCACAGACUACACCAGUGACGACGACGAUAUUGGUUUCUCCGCUUCAACCACCGCCCUCAACCUGUCCACCACCUCCACCACAGUGGUCACCAGCGCCACGCCCACGACACUCCACAUACCCCCGAGGCCCCAGUCCCCCGUGGGCGGACCCAACACCCCUGGUAAGAGAUCGUGGAACCCAAUCAAUAUGGGUACCUCGCUCAUCAACCCGGUGACGGGCAAGAAACGGGUGCAGUGCAACGUCUGUCUCAAGACUUUCUGUGACAAGGGGGCUCUCAAAAUACACUUCUCGGCCGUACACCUGCGGGAGAUGCACAAGUGCACGGUCGAGGGCUGCAACAUGAUGUUCAGUUCACGCCGGUCUAGAAAUCGACACUCCGCUAAUCCUAACCCUAAGUUACAUACGCCGCACGUCCGACGUAAGAUUUCGCCGCACGACGGCCGCACUUGCGCCGCGCAUCCUGUAGUAGGGCCGCAUCUAGGGCCCCAGGGGUUCCAGCCCCCUGCCGGGUUUCCACCAAUUGGCGCCUUCCCGGGUCAGUUCAGUGGCAUCAAUCCCCUCACAGGCCUGCCCUUCAUCCCUCCUUCUGCAGCAGCUACUGAAGACCUGCACAAGCAGGCGCUGGAGCUGCAGCGACGCACGCUGGAGAUGCAACACGCCAUGGGCAAGACCUCGCUCGACCUGACGAUGCGGGGCCGAGAGGACGGACCUCCCUGGAGGUGCGACUAUGGCAACUUCAACACGUCGUUGACGCACGGCGACGACGGCAUGUCGGGAGACAAGCAGCACGAUGGCGGGGAUGGCAAGCGAGGGAGAGGUGACGACGACUACCAUGCUAACAACAGCCUCGACGACGAAAUGGACGACGACAGCAUGAGUGUAGACACCCAGAGCAUGAAGGGCGAGGGACCCGGAGCCUCGCCAUCAGCCAACAAGCGGAAACGCAAGAGUCAAAACCCAACGAAAUUUGCCUUCAGACUAGAAGAUGACGAUCUCAUAUCAACAGACGACGACGAUGAUGACGACAACGAUGACGAUCUAGACGACAUAGACGCAAAAGACUCUGAGGAUGAAAAAAAUGAAGACAAGGAAUUAGAUGCCAUGAGUGACGACGACGACGACACAAAUGGCGGCAUGAAGGACAGCUCCUCCAUGAACUCUGGCGACAAAUCAAAACACGACAAAGAUUCUGAUGGCAGCAACCGGAAAGUCUCCUCCAGUAGCUUCGACGAGCCGGUCGAGACGUCUAAUGCGUUGCGGCACCUCGAGGACCUCUCCAAGGGUCACUUCGCUCACCUCUCUGGCGCGAUGCCCCCAAACGCAUCGGCGUCACUUGGCCUCCAGAUGGCGCCCUCCGGCAAUGGCGUCACAUCCUCGAGUCCCAGGCCAAGUGACCGUGACAGCGACCGGGACUCGAACCCUGGAUCCCCAUCAGAAGAUUCCGAAGGAGCUUUUCAAUUUGGCGAGGGUGGAUUUCUGAGUAGCUUGGACAUCCCAAUAGACAAGGAGAACCCGCGGCGCUGCAUUGCGUGCGGUAAGAUGUUCCAGAACCACUUUGGCGUCAAGACGCACUACCAGAAUGUUCACCUGAAGCUCAUGCACAAGUGCACGGUGGAGGGCUGCAACGCCGCCUUCCCCUCCAAACGGAGCCGUGACCGCCACGCCUCGAACCUCAAUCUUCACCGGAAGUUACUCUCCACCUCCUCGGAUGGUCCGGGCUUCCCGGCCAUGACCUUCCCGGGGUUGCCCUUCAACCCCGCCCUCAACCCGGAGCUGCUGGCACGCCUCUACUCUGACCCUGGCACCCUUCCGCUUGGCCUCGAAGCCCUCAAGGCGCACAUUCCCACGUCCCUCGCAGAGUCCCUCUUCAAUGGCGACCGUGGCACGGGCGGCGGCGCUGGUGGCGUUAAUGGCGGCGGCGGCCUGCCACCUGCGGCACAUCCACCUCCACACUUCUUCCUCCCUAACCUUCUCCCUCAUUUUACUGCUAAUAAUAACCUACCGGGGUCGGAACGGAAAGAUCGCUCCAGCACCCCCUCGCCGCAGUCGACGACACCCACCACGACCACCACCACGGCGCCGCCUGCCACAGACAUGCCCUCCUCCCCCCCUCCCAUGGAGUCCUCCGCCCCCACCACCACCUCCAAUAACAACACCACCAGCAGCACCACCAGCGAGGACAUGGAGCGGGACUGGGUGUAUAACCUCGAGGACGACCUUCCCACGCCGGACCGCGACGGUAACAUGCCCUGCAAGUUCUGUCACAAGGCCUUUGAGGACGGAGUCGGCCUCAAGAGUCACUACGACGAGGUUCAUGGCUCUGAGCUUUUCCGAUGCACAGUGGACGGCUGCAACAAGCUCUUCAGUGCCCGCCGCAAGCGGAACGCCCACUCCCUCAACGACGCCCUUCACCAGCACUUACUGGAGGGUGCGACGGCGGCGAGGACGACCUGAUGUCUUGGUCAGCUCCUCCAGUUGUGGCAGCUGCCCCGUGCGUCGGCCACCCGACCUCCCCCCUCUGUAUAAAUGUAUAAAUGUGCCAAUGUUUCACGUCUUAUUUAUACGUAGUGGUGUUAGAGUGCCCAGUGUUGCCCGCGUGUACAUAGCGGUGGCUCCAGCUGCCCAGGACCCAGGCGGCUCAGUGUAGUGGCUCAGCAGCUGCUUGUUUGGCGCCUCGUGCUGCACCUUUGCUAGGACAAUGGUGCACUUUCCAGGGUUAGUGCGCUCUCUAGGGGCAGUGCGCUCUCAAGGGGGCAAUGUGCUCCUCAGGACAAGUGUAACUUUUAAGGCCACUGAGCCCCAUAACCGACACUGAGAUCCCUGCCAGUGACUGCUUUUCGCAGUACCCAAGAAGAGGGUGCACCCCCAAACUCUCCCUGGAGGUGCCAAGGUGUCACCAGAGCGCCAAGACUGAGUUUGUGCUACUUGUGUAUGGUCACCCAGAGGUGCUGUGAGCCAUCUUAACGCUGAACAACUUAGAGCUGCAUUAAUGUUCUCAGGAUUCUUUGUGAAUCGUUUUGCAUACCAACAGUUUGGUAUCCAAGAGUCAGUGUUCAACUUCAUUGUGCAUUUGUAUUUGAAACUUUUUUUUUUUGGUUCAUAUUGCUGUAAAUGUCGGUUUUAUACUGUGACUCGCUCUGUCAUCUGUGUAAAUGGUGCUAUAUUUUAGUUGGCACAUCCAUGUCUCCAUUUACGUACAAUUUUGGUUAAUAA